UGACUUAUCAGCUUGUGGCAAACCCUGGUGGUCGGAGGAUGUGAACAUGGCCCGCCACUGGCCCUGGGAGGCGAGCCUCCGAGUGGAAAAUGAGCACGUGUGUGGAGGGGUCCUCAUUGACCACAGAUGGGUGCUGACCGCCGCCCACUGCAUCCAAGGCACCAAAGAGUACUCAGUGACUCUCGGCACCUCUGAGCUGAAGCCCACGUACCCCAGGACGGACAUCUCGAUCCUUGUGAGGGACAUCAUUGUGCACCCCAAGUACUGGGGCCGGACCUUCACCAUGGGCGAUGUUGCCCUUCUCCGGCUUCACACUCCUGUCACCUUCAGCACCACAGCCAACGCCACGCUGACGCCGCAGCUGCAGGAGGCCGAGGUGUUUGUCAUGGACAACCAGAGGUGUGACCAGAUUUACCGAAAGAGGUCCCGCAUCCCCCGCGUCCUCCCCCUCGUCACGAGGGACAUGAUCUGUGCCACCAAUUAUGGAGAAAACUUGUGCCCUGGGGAUUCCGGGAGCCCACUGGCUUGCGAAGUCGAGGACAGAUGGAUCCUGGCUGGGGUGUUGUCCUGGGAGAAGGCCUGUGCCAAAGCACGGGAUCCAGGUGUGUACACACGCGUCACCAAAUACAGCAAGUGGAUCAAGAGUCAAAUGAGCAGCCGGGCUCUCUCAGGCCCCUGCACCUCCACGCUGCUCCUUCUCCUGUCCUGGCUGCUGCAGCCCCAGCUGGGCCCCUGA